GUGUUUUUGUCUGGCCACCCCCGUUUGAAUUUGCUGUUGCCACCAUGGUGGUGUUUCCAAGCUCCCUGACGGAGGAAGAGGAGGCUCUGCAAAAGAAAUACGCUAAACUCAAGAAAAAGAAAAAGGCGCUGCUUGCCUUAAAGAAGCAGAGUUCAACCAACCAGACAAACCAGAGUGGCUUAAAACGGACUCUGUCGGACCAGCCUGUCGUUGACACUGCAACUGCGACGGAGCAAGCAAAGAUGCUGAUCAAGUCGGGUGCCAUCAGCGCCAUCAAAUCAGAGAACAAGAACUCGGGCUUUAAACGCUCUCGAAUGCUGGAAAUUAAACUCAAGGACCCUGAGAAAGGCCCAGUUCCUGCUUUCUUACCAUUUCAAAGGAGUGUCUCCACAGAUGAAGAACAACCUGAGUCUGGGAAAAGAGCCCAAAGGAAGUCUCUGUAUGAGAGCUUUGUCAGUUCAAGCGACCGAUACCGAGACGAGGAGGACGGAGGCGGCAUGUCAAGCAGCCGUGAAAUGGACAGAGACAGAGACCGCGACAGAGAGCUGGACAGAGAGCGGGACAGAGACAGAGAUAGAGACCGAGAUAGGGAUAGAGACAGAGACAGAGAUAGAGACAGAGGCAGGGACAGAGACAGAGACAGGGAGCGGGACAGAGAAAGAGACAGAGACCGAAGCAGAGACAGGGAUAGAGACCGUGACAGGGAGCGGGACAGAGACAGAGACGGACCGUUCAGACGCUCAGAUUCAUACCCGGAGCGGAGAGGGGUCCGAAAGGGGAACACGGUGUAUGUUUACGGCUCCGGGCUCGUCGAGGACAACCUGCGCUCUGCUUUCUCUCAACAUGGAAACAUCAUCGAUCUUUCCAUGGACAACCCACGCAAUUGCGCGUUUAUCACUUUUGAGAAGAUGGAGUCUGCAGACCAGGCUGUAGCCGAGCUGAACGGAGCCACGGUGGGAGACGUUCACAUCAAAGUCAGCAUCGCCAGGAAGCAGCCCAUGCUGGAUGCCGCCACCGGCAAAUCAGUCUGGGCUUCACUGGCUGUGCAGAACAGCACCAAAGGCUCCUACAGGGAUAAGAGGAAUCAGGUCGUGUACAGUGAAGAUUUCCUCAAAUGAUUUGUUUUCUUUUGCCAGAUAGUUUUUCAUGUUUUUGUUUUGGCGACGGCUGCUUAAUGUCUGUGUUGAAACAUAAAUAUAAAAUCAUCUGUUUUCUUUUGGAUUAGAUCACUUUGCCCCACAUGGUUGGUAUUUGAUGCUUUGUGCAGCUCGUGAGAUUCUGUUUGGUGGAGCUUAAUAAAAAAGUAUUCAUACAAUGUUAA